CCUAGGGACCGUCUGGGGAGUCGGCAGGAGGGCAACGCUGCGAGCCGUCGCCAUGGCCGCGCCGUCGCGGCUCCUGAUCCGCGGGGGUUGCGUGGUCAACGACGACCUCUCGCAGGUGGCCGACGUGCUGGUGGAGGACGGCGUCGUGCGGGCGCUCGGGCGCGACCUGCUGCCGCCCGGGGACGCGCCCGCCGGGCUGCGGGUCCUGGACGCCGCCGGCAAGCUGGUCCUGCCCGGCGGCAUCGACACGCACACGCACAUGCAGUUCCCCUUCAUGGGCUCGCGGUCCGUCGACGACUUCCACCAGGGCACCAAGGCUGCUCUGGCAGGAGGCACCACCAUGAUCCUUGAUUUCGCCAUUCCUCAGAAAGGCCAAUCCCUCAUCGAGGCCUUUGAGACCUGGAGGGGCUGGGCGGAUCCGCAAGUCUGCUGCGACUACAGCCUUCACGUGGCGGUGACCUGGUGGAGUGACCAGGUUAAAGAAGAAAUGAAAAUCCUUGCCCAAGAUAAAGGCGUUAACUCUUUCAAGAUGUUUAUGGCCUAUAAAGAUGUGUACAUGGUGAGAGACGCGGAGCUGUAUGCAGCCUUCUCUCAGUGCAAGGAAAUUGGAGCAAUUGCUCAGGUCCAUGCAGAAAAUGGCGACUUAAUUGCAGAGUUUGCAGGGAAGGUGAUCUACGGAGAACCCAUAGCAGCCAGUCUUGGCACAGAUGGCACUCACUACUGGAAUAAAGAAUGGCACCAUGCAGCCCACUACGUCAUGGGUCCACCCCUGCGACCAGACCCUUCAACGCCUGACUUCCUCAUGAAUCUAUUGGCUAAUGAUGAUCUAACCACAACAGGGACUGACCACUGCACUUUCAACACCUGCCAGAAAGCUCUUGGGAAAGAUGAUUUUACUAAGAUUCCCAAUGGGGUGAAUGGUGUUGAAGACCGGAUGUCAGUCAUCUGGGAGAAAGGCGUGCAUUGUGGUAAAAUGGAUGAAAACCGAUUCGUGGCAGUUACCAGCACAAAUGCAGCCAAAAUCUUUAAUCUCUAUCCAAGAAAAGGAAGAAUAGCUAUAGGAUCAGAUGCUGAUAUUGUUAUUUGGGACCCAAAAGCCACAAGGACUAUCUCUGCAAAAACCCAUCAUCAGGCUGUUAACUUCAACAUCUUCGAGGGCAUGGUUUGCCACGGGGUGCCCCUUGUGACUAUUUCAAGAGGCAAAGUGGUGUAUGAGGCUGGAGUUCUCAGCGUCAUGGCAGGAGAUGGGAGGUUUAUUCCUCGAAAACCAUUUGCCGAAUAUGUGUACAAACGAAUCAAGCAGCGAGACCAGACCUGUACACCCACCCCAGUGGAGCGCGCACCCUACAAGGGAGAAGUCGUCACAGUGAUGAGACAAGACUGCACAGCUGGGACUCAGAAGCAGGCCCACCCCUGAGCUGGGUGCUGUCGGUAGAAUCAGAGGAGAGGAGGUUGCUGUUCCCUUCACAGUCAGCCGGUGGAGAAGCAGGCCUUAUUUCAACUCCCUGAGAUCCUUUAGAAAAAAAUCAUCACUGUACGUCUCUUUGAUUUUCUUUCAGAAGCAAUUGCUGUCUUUCUCACUGUGCCUUUGUUGCUGUGUAAGAUUGAAGAUAUAAAUUUAUAUUAUUGGGAUGGAAAGUCUGUGUGAACAUUCAUUGAUGAUACUUUAAAACAUCAUUUUUGCUUGUACUAGAUUUCUUACUUUGAGUUUUAAAAAAUCACUUUUUUGUUUAAAGUUUUUUUUUAAAUGGCUACAUUUGUUUAAAAUAGUUCUGUGAUUUUACUUUGUAUUGUAAUUAAUAAACACUGAAAUCUUC